UCUAGUACUAAUAUUUUAGAUUGUUAUUGUUAGUUUAAGCGGACACGUGUCAAGUUGUCGUGCUGAAUGCAACGUGGACUUAAUUUGACUUAUUUCAUGACUGUCACGUUAAAAAAAAAAAAAAGACUUCAGAAUCGGGGCCAUGUGACCGUUUAUGUGCGACGACCUAAUAUAUUUUACUGUGUUGCAUUCGAACUAAAAUGGAAACGUUUCCUGACAGCUAGCUAAAAUCGGAAGUAGUUACCAACUCGACCAAGUUAGAACUGUUGCCCCAAAUGAAAACGACCGUUUAGACAUGUGCCUUAUGCCACUACUUGGUUUGAACUUUGAUUACAAUUUUACUACAUCAGUAUCUAAAGAGUCAACUGAGACGUUUCGUACUUAAGAUCAGGGCAAAACUUUUUACACCGACAAUUUGUCAACCCCGCCUAAUUUUAUAGAACACAAACGACGGUUUCGAUACUGCGAUUGGCUCUCAACAGCCUAAAUGACUUGAAUGAAACCAAUCAUCGUCGGAGACAGCAGGAAAUGGGCCGCACCAAGGGGGACGUAAUCCAAUUAAAGUCAGGCUUUGCGAUAAACCUGACCAAUCGUGUGAGUCAUUGCGGUGUACGUCCAAUCAGAGCUAAACCUGGGCUCUUUCAAAGAUUGUUUCAGGAAGUGGUUUUAAAUACCAGGAAGUUGUAAACAAAGCUUGACAGCUAUUCAGUUAGCUGUUAACUACAGCGGUACGGACUCCGAACUGCUCGUGUAAACAAUCGUGUUACUCGCCGUUUCUAGGUGUCUUUUAAUCAUUUCGCCCACCGUCUUCUUCGUGUGACGUUAAAAUACUAAUCCGGAAUAUUUUUUUCCCCCCAUCGUGUACUGUGUUGAAAAUGAUACAGUUGGCUGGGUUUUCUCGACGACGUAAACUAGACUCACUGUCGCUGUAAAGUGCUUUUUAAAGGCACUCCCGUCAUCCGUGUAAACGCAGAGAAAUCGGACCACGUCAGUUUUGAGAUUUUUCUUUCUGUGGCGUUUGCAACAUCAAGGCGGCGUGAAACGCUAACGCCCCACACCAAAGCAGGACGACAAUGUCGACGUCAAACGCUAAUUUCAAAAACAAGUGUGUCGCCCAAGUUAACUGCAUCUUUUGUGACAGCGUGCUCUGUACGAGAGGCAUGAAAGCAGUGCUUCUUGCAGACACCGAGGUUGAGCUGUUUUCUACUGAUAUACCUCCAAACAGAACUGUUGACUUUGUGGCCGGCUGCUACUCUACUGAAAGCUGCAAGUGCAAAUUGAGAGACAUUGCAUGUCUCAAGUGUGGCAAUGUAGUGGGCUAUCAUGUUGUGGCUCCCUGUAAACCCUGCCUGCUCUCCUGUAACAACGGACACUUCUGGAUGUUCAACAGUGACGCUGUUUCCACUCUCAACAGAUUGGAUGCAACAGGUCUCAAUCUGCUCCUGUGGGGAGAUCUGCCCGAGCUGGACGACAGUGAGAACGAGGAACCAGAAAGCCUGUCAGAGAAGGAGUGCAUCAGGUAAAGAUGGACAUGGAUUACUGGAGAGGCUUUGCAGCAGCCAACAGUUGGGAGGUGGAACUGCAUCAGUCGGAGACAGGGGAGGCCUUUAACUGUAAUUUAACUCUUAAUCACAUAGGAAUAAAAGAUGCUGCUUUGUUCAGGCUCAAACGAGACCAGUGUGUGCCUCAAGCCACGCCCCGAUCAGUGAUGUCAGAGCAGGUGUUUGGCCUUAGACAGCUGGUGGAACACCUGCUCUGACACACGGGGGGAUUAGUCGGGUCUGAAGGACGGCACGCUCCAAAGGUUGAAUCCCCAGAAUACAGCACAGUGGUGGUGCUUGUCUGUAUAAGACACGCACUCCCCCUUUUUAAAAAUGUUUAAAUUCCAACUGCACCAGUAAAUCACCUGUUAUAUGAGUACUGUUCCCCUCGUUUCUUGUGGGUGUCAAUAAUUAGCAUUUCAAAGAAGACUACGAUGCAAAUAACAAAGCAACACACAUCUCUUAAGAAGUCAGUAUUCUGUCUAAAAGCAGGCUUAAUUCAGUGUUGGAUUACUCUUUAACCCUUUGCCAUGCCUAUCAUAUCACUGCCACUGUUUAAAGACAAGAGAGACAUUGUUACACAUCUGUUAUCCCCCUGAAGAAAAUAACUUGUGUUGUGUAAAUUGAGAUAAUGAGUAAAAAGAUGAAAUUAAGAUAUGUCCAUCACUAGCCUCUGCUCUCAAGCUAAAGGUGCACUCUUAAUAACAAUUUCAACCGCUCAUUAAAUCAUAUACGGUGCUUACAUUAAGCCUGGCUUUCUGACAUGAUUACACCAAACCUACUGUAGUGAGUAUCUACUUUUAACAGGUCGAGUGUGGCACUGCGACUGAACCAGUGUGUUUCUUUGAAUGAAAAAAUAGCAUAGUUGCUUUAAAGGGCAUUCGAUGCAUGGGUUACAGAAAGUGAUAUUGUAGAGUAUGUGUGAUCCAUUGAUAUAUGCAAGCAUAUAUGCCCCAAGUGUUACUGGAUGUGUAAUGCUGUGACACUGCCUGAACUAUUUAGCACAUAUGAAACAGGCCUAAUCUUUGUUUUGAUUGUUUUUGUUUUGUUUUGUGUGAAGCAGCAUCACUGUAGCACCUUAAAAGUGGACAAUUAAAAAAAAAAAAAAAUCACACAAGAAAAAAACCCGAAUUAUUGGUUUCCAUCGGAUCAAAGUACUUUGGCGAUCAUAAAACAGUGGAAUCUCGAGGUCAAAUCGCAGGAAGAUGGAUUUCAUAACAGGAUUUCUCAUAGGAAGUAUUGAGGGAAAUAAUCUGUUCCAGUGUCAAACUGUCACCAGGCAAGUAACAUUUGAACAUUCUCAACAAUCACACAAGUUUAUUACCGUAAACUCAUUCACUGCCAUUGAUGGCUUUUGAAGUCCAUGUUACUUGGGAGGGCUGGGAGUGAAUGGGUUAAUACCGGAACCAGCCAAACUAUCACCAUCAUAGAACCAUUGACUUUACAGAACAUGUUUUAUGUAACGUUUUAAUAUUUUAUUUUGUAAAAAGUUGAUGCUGUGCUAUUAAUAUAUUAAACCAAUAAAUUACUCUAAACCAAUAAUGAGUAAAGGGGUGUAAUAAAUUUGGCUCGUACAUCUUUUUAACAUACGUGUAUAAAGAAUUUAUUGCUAAUGUUAAUGUGUUGAAGAAAAAACACUCUACCUUUGAAAACAAGUGACGUAGCAGGUAGCCAGUCGUCGGCUGGACGUCUGAGUCAUUUUUAUCUCCGAGAUUGUGCGACCAUUGUGGUGUUUACAUUUUGAGGUUUAGCCGUAAUUUGAUUUAAUAAUGGGAUAUACUUUGGGCUCGGUAGAUCUGUGCUGUAGUUUCAGCAGUGUUGAACACUUUGUGAUAUAACUGCACCCAAAGUAUUCUGCCGUUCUCCCUGAUACCAUGCUAAAGUUAGCAUUCUUUGUGUCCUCUGCCUGUAUUGAAGCAAACAAGAUUUUUGCUGUAGUCUGCAGUGUGUCUUCGUGUGUGUGUGUGUGUGUGUGUGUGUGUGCGCGUGUGUCUGCGUGUGUGCAGAGUGGCAAGGCAAACUCGUCCUACAACUGACAUUCUACACUCUACACAACAAAUAAUGUCAUUGAAGUAAACUGCUAGAACUGUUAUUUAUUAAGGCCUCAGGCCAAAUACUUACAACCACACGCUUCCUUUUUGUUUACAAUUUUUGUUUACAAAUGCAUUGGUUUGUAAUGUGCAUUUUAAUGUAUUUUAUAUUUCAUUUCUGAUGUUUUGUUUUAAAGGGUUGGAUUUAUGUAUAGUUUUACCUCAAAAAGGUAUCACUUAUGAGCUUCCUCUGGCUGGGACAAUAAUCACAUGAUAAUCAAAAAAAAUAAUAAUUAAAUGUUUAUGAGGUGAAUAACUUUAACUUGCCCUGCCGAAAAUGUAUAUUUUGGAAUUGCACUGAAACUGCCUUGGUAGUUUGGAAAACUGAUUGUUGUUUUGUAUGCUUGUUAAUUUAAUAAUAAACUUUUUUUUAAAAAUA